AUGCAUGUUACUGGUACCAUUCAUGACACACCAGUCGUCACAAAAACUUGGUCAAAUGGUGCUCAUAGACUCUAUUCCGAUCCUCAAGAAUUAAUAUCAUCAAAUUUUAUUUCGGAUGCAAAUCCUCUAUCUGAGGGUUUCAUAUUAAUGAACAAUCAAAAAAAAACAUCAACAACAAAUAAAAUAUAUACAUCGUCUUCUAAUAAAUCUAAUAAUACGAAGACAUUGAAUUCGAAAGCAACAGCCUUAGUUGCAUACAUAAAACCGUCUAUGAACGCAAAAAUGACUUUAUCGAAAACUCUAUUUAAUGCUAGUACAACGACGUGUAGACCCGAUCCUUUAACAUUAAAAUCAACUCUAUCGACGCUAACUUAUCAAAAGACGACAAUGUUGACAGAUCAAUUGAAAAACGAAUACCAAUUACCAACGGUUACUGUAACUGCUCGUCGUAUCAUUGGAGAAAUUACAGUGCAAUCUGCUUAUGAUAACACCAGUUAUACGCAAGAUAAAAAAACUUUACGCACUAAUGAAACAGAGCAAUUGGAUGUAAUGGCUGAAGCUUUUCGAGUAGCUGAUCCUGAACUAAUGCCUUUCGAUUCACCCGAGGACAAAAUAGCUGAUGGAAGUGGAGAUUACAAUGAAACUUCACCACAAUCUACUUCAACGUCAACAACAUCUACUUCAACGUCAGCUCCACCAGGUACGAUGAUCUUCAUUGUGGGUGUUAGGGACUCAAAGUGCGGUACUGAUCACAGUGCUACAUCAGAAACAGAAAUAAGUAGACUACAUCCAUGA